AUGAGCGACACCCCACAAAACGCAACAAUUUUGAACAAACAAUUUUAUCCGCGAAUGCUUCCAAAGAUCUACAACGACGCAGUACAACAACUUUCUGAGAUAGACAAUACUCUUGUCGAUGAGAGUACACUACAAUCACUCGACACAACUCAACUCAAAAUACCAACAAGUGAAGAACUGGUCAAUGCAGCGUGCAACAUGGUUAAAGAGUUUGACUUGGACAAGAUUGCAGAGAUGCCAAUAGACACCCUCUUCCCACAGAAGUUGGCGACACAACUCAAUGAAGAACCGACUGAGAUAGGAAAGACACUUGACAUAAUCAAAAGCGGUGAUGUUGUAGCCAGGAAGGAUGUGGCAUAUCUUGUCACAAGGACACCAGCACCUUUUCACUUUAGCAAGUCACCAACUACUUCUUACGACUCGACAAAUCCAAACAAAGUAAUUUGUGAAGCAAAAGAGGGGGUGUUGUCCGUGAAAAUAUUUGAUUCGACGCGGCGCGUGGUUGAGGCAUUGAGUGAGGUACUAACAACAAAUCGGAUAAGUGAGCUUCGGGAGUGUUUUGAGUGUCAGAAUGAUGUUGAGAAACGUGGGCCCUGGCUGUUUUAUAUCAACAAUGUGAUAUUCACAAAAAAGUGUUGGGAAGAUGAGGUCCAAACAAAUGUUGUCGAGUGGCUCAACUUCAGAACAUUUGACACGGACGCUGUGACAGCACGACCGACUCUAUGUGUUGACGACAAGCAGCUUGGUGACAUUAAUAUUACAAUCGACAGGCCGUGUCUCUUUGGCCAUCUCUAUAACUGUGAACAUAACUUUGUCUUUGCUGACGCACGCAUCCCAACACAAGCAGACACAACUUCAAAGUACCCCGCAAUCGUUUACAGAAAGCUGCGCGCAACGCGAAGGUGUUCAAUCUGUGAAACAAACAAACCAAUCUACCAAGUCGUUGGCGAUGAACUCACACCAACAGAUCCGGCUUUCCUCUGUAAUGAAUGCUUUUCUCUUCUCCACCCCAACUACGAUAACGUCAACACAUUCAAGUUGUAG